AUGGUUACCCUCCCUCUCUUGUUAAGCAUACUUCCCCUUGCCGCAGUCUUUAGUUCUGCUGCAUCACUUCAGGUCCGUGAAAAUCAUGACUGUGCUUCGAUACAGCCUCCUCAGGUCCCGGGAGCUGAGAUCCUGUCUGUGAUAGGCGUGCAACGCCGGGUCGAGGUCGCUCCAUUCCCGCCUUCGCCAUCAAAACCCAACACGACCAUCGACAUCUGCAGCGUUAAUGUUACCCUUUCCCACAUGGGAGUCAACGACAAAGUCGUUGUCUCAGUAUGGCUGCCUCUACCUGAUAAGUGGAAUGGACGUUUCCAGGCGACAGGUGGAGGUGGUUGGGCUGCCGGCACAUUUGACCUGCUCAUGGGUCCAGCUGCCCUCGAAGGAUAUUCCACUGCUGGAACUGAUGCCGGCGUGACCGUUGACCCAGGAUCUGCUGAUAAAUGGGCCCUAAAGGAGGACGGUACUGUCAACUACGACUUGCUGGAGAAUUUCGCUAGUCGAUCAAUUCACGACAUGGCCAUCGUCGGAAAAGCCGUGACUGAGAGCUAUUACAAGAAGCCGGCCAACUAUUCUUACUUCUACGGCUGCUCCAAUGGCGGUCGACAGGGAAUGGUGGAGGCACAGAAAUACCCAGAUGACUUUGACGGCAUUCUUGCGGGUGCUCCAGCCAUCUACUGGCCCCAAUUUCUCACCUCGACCGAAUGGCCACAAGUUGUUAUGCAGAGCGAGAAGGUCUUCCCGUCCCAAUGUGUCUUUGAGGCUUUCAGAAAAGCCGGUAUUGCCGCAUGUGACAAGCUGGACGGAGUAGAAGAUGGCGUCGUUUCUAACCUCGACGGCUGCGAAUUCAAUCCCUUCGCCCUUGUUGGCAAGAAGGUAAAGUGUGGAGAAGAGUCAACUACCAUCACCCUCGCCCAGGCCUGGGUUGCGAAGAAGAUCUACGACGGUCCCAAGUCUACGGCGAAACACGCCUUGUGGGAUGUCCUUCCCGUAGGGGCCUCUUAUGUCGGACUCGCCAACAGCACCAUCGAGAACGGUGUCCCCAAGAUUGCUCCCUUCGUGAUCGGCUCCUCCUGGAUCAGAUCGUUCUUGAAAAAGGACGUGAACUUCGAUCUCUCCACCAUCACGUACGCCGACAUGCCCAAACUGUUCCAGCAGAGUAUCGACGAGUUUGAUAAGAUUGCCGGUGGAAGCAACCCCGACCUCUCCGCCCUUAAGAAGAGCGGAACGAAACUCCUCAGCUGGCACGGCCUAGCAGACGAACUCAUUCACCCUCAAGGCUCCAUCAAAUACCGCCAGGCAGUCGAACACCGAAUGGGAGGCGGCUCUGAAGUAGACAACUACUACCGUCUAUUCUUGGCCCCUGGAGUCACUCACUGCGGCAUUGGAGUUAAUGACGGAGCAGCCCCCAUUGAUACGCUGAAAGUCUUGGUGAGAUGGGUUGAGAAGGGCGAGGCUCCAGAGACGAUGCCUGCUACUGCAACCGAUGCAAGCGGUACUACUACCCUUUUCACCCGAAAUCUCUGUCGAUACCCUUUGGUCCCCCGAUACAAAGGAGGCGAUAAGAACUCUGCGGACAGCUUUGAAUGUGCCAAAGACUUCGGAUCCCACCAUUAA